AUGGACUUGGCUUCAUAUGUGGCCAGUCUUAAAGUUUCUUCGAAUAUUCCUCCGCCGGCGUCACAGUUUUUGAGCACUCAAAAUGGUUAUGCCAAUAUUUAUGGGUUUAUCGUCAAGCCGGAUGCUGUAGUUUACCGUUAUGACGUUGAACUUUCUGAUAAGGUCAAGGAUAAAAGUUUAACAAAAGGCGGUGGAGAUGAUGGGAAAAGGGGACUUUUGAGGGACAUCUGUUUCGAACUUGUCAAAGAUGUGUUCGAUAGUACUCAAAACCUGAACUGCGAUGGAACGGUUUUGUUUGUGUAUGACAAUCGCAAGAUUUUGUUUACAAAUCUUCGAGUUCCUGCUUUGACUUGUGAGAUUAAGCCUGAACGUAUGACGCCAUUUUGCCGGAAAUUUCUUCGUAAUGCAACAAUCACGUUUGAGUUGCAGCCGUGCAAAGGGUCAAGUCAUGAAUUGAAUUUAAACGACAUUCAAUCAGCGCUUUGUCCUGCACCCCAUAUGCAAGCGGAUCAUUCUCUUCGUACAUUUUUUGAGAUGCUGACGUCUCAGUCUUUCAUUAAUGCUCGUACACAUCGUUUGGUUGGAAAUGGCCGACUUUUUGAAGAAAAGGAAGUUAAACGAUUGAAUGAUGCUAUUGUUGCUCAUCGUGGAGUAGCAAAGGGUGUUCGUAUCAUUGCUAAUGGUGGAGAUAAACCAGUUCCUGCUAUUGUUGCUGAGGGUAUGUUAUUUCUUAAUUAUUUAUAUUAA